AUGAAUUUUUCGCUCACGUGUUUGAACUUCAUACUUCUUCCGUUCAAAUCCGAUGCGAAAUGUUGUUGCUACCCAUCAUCCUCAGGCCAGAAACCAGCGACGAGUGGGACAGGAGUGCCAGCAGGGGGAGGACCGCACGUAACACCAGGAGGAGGAGGAGGAGGAGGAGAGAACGUACCGCCAGGAGGAGGAGGACAGCAUGUACCACCAGGAGGAGGAGGAGGAGAGCACGUACCGCCAGGAGGGGGAGGACAGCAUGUACCGCCAGGAGGUGGAGGACCGCACGGGCCAGGACCCCAAGUACCACCAGGAGGGCCGAGACCGCUAUACCUGAGCGAUGCGGCAAAUUUUAUGAGCCUGCAAGAUGAUUUACAUCAGUUCGACGACGAAACACCGAAAACUGUUGAACGCAGCAUAACGGAUGAUUAUCCAACAAUCGCCCGNGAGCCUGCAAGAUGA